AUGCGGAAUGGCAGAAUCACUAGUGACCCAAAAGAAGAAGAGAAGCAAGAUGGGAAUUUUCCAGAAAAGAAAUUGCAUUUAUUGAAAGCCCUGCAGCACUCGCAAACACGAGCAAGGGAAGCAGAAAAACAAGCCUCUCAGGCCCAGCUCGAUAAAGAAAAUGUGGUGGCCCUCUUCUUCAAGGAGUCUUCUCGAUCCUUUGCAUAUCGACAGUGGUUAAAGCUGCUCGAAGCCGAGAUCUUGAUGCUUCAGUCCAACCUCUAUAAACCAAACCCCAUCUCUCCUUCUGCACGAAUAGAAGGAGAGAAGAGAGAAACAGCAAAGACCAAGAAUAAUAGAGAGAAUGGUCUUGUGGAUACCUUGUGGGGUUUUGCAGGGUUUACAUUUUGUUUGGAAAGUGUGGGGUUCCUCAUGGGGUGGAAGUUGGCAAAU